GUAGUCGAGUUUCUCGAUUUACUACACAGCAUUGAUGUCUAGCGUCCGAGGGACACUGCAGAUGCCAGUGAUGGGCGUUCUUGGCCGGGAGUCGAGCUGAGCUGAGCUGAGCUGAAUUCAAGGAGAAAGCGCGAUUCAUGCCUCAGGCCACCAUCGGUCUUUUGGAGGGACACGACAGCAACCUCAACAAGCGUGCUGGAGUCGCAUGACAUGUUUGCGCCGUACAUAGAUCCAACUUACAAUGAUUCUGCGAUAACCCCACUGCGCCGUGUGUAAUCAACUAUGGACGACCUACUCGGCGAAGAUUGGCAGAAGCCAGCGAAGCCAACGACGACUUCCAAUCCACCUCCUUUGAACCCGAGCACAUUCGCGUCGAAUUAUAGCAGCUUACGAGCUAGCCCAGCUUUAACGCCAUCGAGGAGUGCAUCACCGAACUUCAGUCGUCCAGCGAGCACAGUCAAUGGCAGCAGCAGCACCUCAAAGCCAGCUGGAGGCGACGCAUUUGGCAAUCUGCUGGGAUCGAAGAAGCCAACGGGGAACAACUUAUCCAUUCAGGAACGGCAAAGGCAAUUGAUUGAAGAGAAGCGUCGGCAGCAAGAACAGCAAUCUUCACAAUGGGACACAUUGGGCAGCGGCAGAGGGACGCCAGAGGUGCGAGGCCCAUCACCUGGGAUACCUCAACAACAGCAGGAUGGAGAGGACGAUAUUAUGGCUGCGUUCAACAAAGAUGCGCCGGUAGACAAGUCUAGUCAUUUCCCGCCUCCUAGCUCGGCCAUGGAGAGUGGGCGAAGCACACCUGCAUCGCAGCCAGCCAAGGCGCCCGCGAGCAAUGGAGCUUUCGAUGAGGAUGAUGACCCAUUCGGCCUGGGAUCUGUACCACAGCGAAGUACAGCGAACACUUCCGCUCCUGCGUUUCAAACCAACGGAGACGAAGAUGACAUUUUGGGCGAUCUGGGCAAGCCAGUCACAGCACGUCCUGCGAAGCCCGCAGAGCCAGCACGGCCGGCACAGAGGCAAGAGGCAACAGAAAGCUGGGGAAACGAGCAAACAGAUGAUAAGGCAUUGGCAGAACUGGUAGACAUGGGCUUUCCCGCAGAUAACGCAAAGCUGGCUCUCGCAGAGAACGGAGGCGACGUGCAGGGGGCGGUUGGGUGGCUCUUGCAACAGGCACAUGAAGAGUCGAAACAGAAAGCCCGAGCCGAGGCUGGAGAGAGAAAACGCAGUCCAUCUACAUCCCACAGGAGUCCACAGCGAAGACCUCGCGAACAAGACAACGUCCCGGCUUGGAUGCGAGAGGAGUCACGAUCGGGUUCGGCCAAUGGCCGUCGGCAGGACAGUCGAUCACCAGCAAAUGGCGAGAAGGACGCGGCAGCAGUGGCACAGGAAUAUGGCUCGAAAUUCUUGAAGGGCGCCACCUCUCUGUGGAAAGCCAGUCAAAAACAAAUGGCGAAGACUGUAGCAGAGUUCCAACAGGAGCGCGACCCAAGCCAGCCGAAGUGGAUGCAGGAGGCGUCUGCUGACUCAAGCAGAUCCAGCAGCCAACGUAGACAGGAUACUGUUCGGCAGAAGCAACGCGAGGUUGACGCCACAGAUGAAGCUGCAAUGCUUGAUGCUCCUCGUGAUAGACCCCAGAAACCUCAGAGACCACCUGCAGCAGAAAGACCGGCUCCACCGACCUCAAGCUAUCGCGAUCCGGAGGAACCCGUUCCACAGAGGCCUGCAGCUCAGCCCAGAUUUAUGAAUCAGCCAGCGCCAUCCCAGCCGCAGCGACCUCCCUCCAAACUUACAAGACAAGAUAUUGAGGAUCAAGCUGCCCAGGCAUAUGUGAGCUCUGCUCGUCGAAGGAAAGCUCCACCGAAACCUGAGCCUCAGCCUGAGCCCGAAGUUGAUCUCUUCAGCCCUGUGCCAGCACAAGCUGCGGCACCCAAGGCACCUGCCUCACGCCCUACGCCCUCACCGAUACCUACGCGACCAAAAGCCCCUCCUCGGAAUGUACCCAGCAUAGCUCCAUCUGCGCUGUCGACUUCCGCCCAGCACCGCAAAGCAGGAGGAGAAGCCUUCAAGCGGGGCGACUACGCUUCAGCGCACGAGUCAUAUGCCGCAGCGUUACGUCCACUUCCAGCACAGCACCCUCUCACGAUUAUCGUGCUCAGCAAUAGAUCACUCACAGCGCUCAAGACUGGAGAUCCGAAGCUGGCCAUUUCUGAUGCUGAUCAAGCUCUCGAGGUCAUCGGUCCCAGCCAGGGUGUCGGCGAGACAAUCGAUCUUGGCGCAGGAGAGGGAACAAAAGACAUGCGAGAGUUCUACGGCAAAGCUUUGAUGCGCAAGGCAGAAGCACUCGAGCAUCUUGAAAAAUGGAGUGACGCUGCAGCGGUUUGGCGGAUAGCGGUCGAAGGCGGUAUCGGCGGCGCCGUCAGUAUCAGGGGUCGGGAUCGUUGCGAGAAGUCUGCUGCGCCGAAACCUGCCACUGCUGCUGCUCCUAAGAAAGCUGCACCCACGCCGUCUCGAGCAGCAGCCCCGGCCAAGUCUCUGGGCAAUAGCGUCAAACGGCCUACCCUCCCUGGUCCCAAGGAGACUGCCGCUGUCAAUAAGCUUCGCGCGCAAAACGCUGCUGCUGAUAAAGCUGACGAUGAGAAGUUCGCUUUGACUGAUCAAGUUGAAGCAAGACUUACAAACUGGAAGGGCGGAAAGGCCGAUAAUCUGAGAGCGCUGUUGCAGAGUCUGGAUGGCAUUCUCUGGGAGGGCGCAGGGUGGAAGAAGGUGGGCAUGAGUGAUUUGGUGUUGCCGAACAAGGUGAAACUUAUCUAUAUGAAGGCUAUCGCCAAGGUACAUCCUGAUAAGAUUGCCCAAGACGCUACGACAGAGCAGAGGAUGAUUAGCGCGGCGGUGUUCAGCACGUUGAACGAGGCGUGGGACAAGUUCAAGAAGGACAAUGGGUUGUAGUGGACUGCAGAGCCGUGGCCACAGUUGUGCACUCAAUGAUGAUCAGCGAUAAGUCGUGAGUAGAGAGUGAAGGCAGUGUCGAGCGCGUUUGCCGUGAGCUGCAGCUCAUCGUCGCUCCUGCCCAACGGCGCGUGUUGUUGUCUGCACUUGAACUUUCUCCCGCUUCUUUACUUCUUCGCCUCUCCGCGCACUUCCACUUCUCACCACCAACCACAACACAACAUGUCCACUCAGGACACCGCCGACAUGGAGCGCCGUGAGUACACAGCUAUCUUCUC